AUGUCUCCCUUCGAAAAUAAAGGACUGAUACUGGGCAUAAUGGCAGGGACUGCUGGAAUAAGCCUGAUGCUGAUUUGGUACCAUAAGAGCCGAAAAGCCGGCGCAGCUGUGCAUAUACCUGCGUUCCUAGAUGUAGGUAGCAGGCUUAAUUCUGUGGGCUUGCAAAACGAAGCUCCUAAUGAUCAAGCAGUAGUGAUGGUUUUACACGGAAGGCAACUGCAGAUCCUGGAAAAACUGAAUGGUUUGCUAGUAAGUGUGGAUGAACUGAAGAGAGAGGUGGAAUUUCUGAAAGAAGCUAUUCCAAAGCUUGAAGAGCUUGUUCGAAAUGAGCUUCAGUGGAAGGGAGACGUUCAGAGAGUUAGUCCAUCACACAGAGCAACGAAGCGCAGAAAAGCUGAGACAGCUUCUGGUGCAAUAGAAACCACCAGCUCUGAGGAGGCCGAAAGUGAAGGAGGUUAUCUUACAGCUCAUACUGAUUCUGAAGGAGACUCUGAGGAAGAAAAGGGGUGUGUGAAAUUGCCUGAUGCCAUUGUGAAAUCAGAAGAAGAGGAGUUAUUUAAUCUUUUACAGCAGGUGGACAAUUUGCACAAAGGUUCAGAGGAUGAUAAAAGGGAGGGUUUCAGACUGCUCCUUGAGAAAGAUGACAAGUAUGAAAACUGUGUGGACUUUCUUUGGAGACUUACACGUGCUUAUGGAGAUCUGUUUGAGAUGACUACUGAUGUUGAGGAGAAGAGGAAGUAUGUUACUGAUGGAAAGAUUAAAGCUGAAAAGGCUGUUCAGCUGGAUGCCAAGAGUGCUGAGAGUCACCAGUGGUAA